AUGGACGAGACUUACUUUGGUGUUAUUGUGGUCGGAGGCGGUAUCGCUGGGUGUGCCACGACUUUAUCCCUAAUGCGCUCAGCGCCGAAGGCUACAUUCGCGCUUAUUGAUAACACUAAUUCAACCCGUUUCAAGAUAGGAGAAUCAUUGCCCGGAGAGUCAAGACGAUUUUUACAGUAUCCGUCUCCCUCUAUCGCACAGCGCCUAGAACAAGACACAGCAACAGGCAUACAUGCACACUGCACGGCAAACGCAUCAGCAUGGCAAUCUCAGGAUUUGCAGGAGACACCCGCGACCACAAAUCCUUUUGGUAAAGGAUGGCACCUCAACCGUGCUGCAUUUGACGAACAGCUACGGACUUGUGUGCGUUCGCUUUGUGGCGACGGAAUCGCAGUAUCAUCCAAGGUGAUCAACGCAAACUUUAAGUCAGUGUUGAGGAUCUCCAAUGGAUGGACACUUGUUGUGCGUUCUGAAUCCGGUGAAGAACAUACUCUGCGCGCGAAGUGGCUCAUCGACGCCUCUGGACGAAAGGCUACUGUCGCGCAGAAACUUGGCGCAAAAACAGUCAGACUUGAUAGUCUAAUCGCAUUUUAUACAGUCUUUUCGUCAACAGACGUAGAUCCAGACUAUCGCACACUUAUCGAGGCCACGGAAACUGGGUGGUGGUACAGCUCUCAGCUUUCUGACCAAAAGCGCGUCGUCGUAUUUCACACCGAUGACUGUGACGCCCCCGCGAAGGUUGCCCGGCGACUGGAUGGGUUUAUGGAUCUACUGCACGCAGACACUGCAUAUAUCAAAGAUCAUCACUGA